AUGGAGGACGGAUUCUCCAGCUACAGCAGCCUCUAUGACACGUCCUCGCUGCUCCAGUUCUGCAACGAUGACAGUGCCUCUGCUGCAAGCAGUAUGGAGGUAACAGACCGCAUUGCUUCUCUGGAGCAGCGUGUCCAGAUGCAGGAAGAUGACAUCCAGCUGCUCAAAUCUGCCCUGGCUGAUGUGGUUCGACGUUUGAAUAUUACAGAGGAACAGCAGGCCAUGCAGAACAAGAAAGGACCUACCAAAGCUAGACCGUUGGUACAAACACUGCCAUUAAGGACAACUGUUAAUAAUGGAACCGUGUUACCAAAGAAACCAAGUGGCUCUCUACCUUCCCCAUCAGGAACCAGGAAGGAAACUGUGUCACCAGCAACAAAGAGUCAUGGAUUAAACAGGUCUGUGAGUCUUCUCAAUGCAUGCAAACUGAAAAAAACUACUGUAAGUACUGUCAAAAGAACCAGCUCAGCUGAACGUGUAUCUCCAGGAGGUCGAAGGGAAAGCUAUGGAGAUUCCAAAGGCAGCCGCAAUCGCACUGGUUCCACCAGCAGUUCUUCUAGUGGUAAAAAGAACAGUGAGAACAAACCCAAGGAACCAAUGUUCAGUGCAGAAGAAGGAUAUGUAAAAAUGUUUCUGCGUGGACGUCCUGUUACCAUGUACAUGCCCAAAGAUCAAGUGGAAUCUUACAAUUUGGAAGCAAAAGUAGAACUACCAGCCAAGAGGCUUAAACUGGAAUGGGUCUAUGGGUAUAGGGGUCGGGACUGUCGCAGUAACCUAUACCUACUUCCAACGGGCGAAACUGUGUAUUUCAUUGCAUCAGUAGUUGUGUUAUACAAUGUUGAAGAACAACUUCAGAGACAUUACACUGGUCACAAUGAUGAUGUGAAGUGCCUAGCUGUCCAUCCUGACCGGAUCACCAUAGCAACGGGUCAGGUUGCAGGUACCUCUAAGGAUGGAAAACAAUUACCACCCCAUGUACGUGUUUGGGAUUCUGUUACUUUGAAUACACUGCAUAUCAUUGGGAUGGGCUUUUUUGACCGUGCUGUCACCUGCAUUGCUUUUUCUAAGUCUAAUGGAGGAAGUAACCUUUGUUCCGUGGAUGAUUCAAAUGACCAUGUGCUUUCUGUAUGGGACUGGCAGAAGGAAGAGAGGCUGGCAGAUGUCAAGUGUUCUAAUGAGGCGGUAUUUGCAACAGAUUUUCAUCCUACAGACACAAAUAUAAUAGUUACAUGUGGAAAAUCACACCUUUACUUUUGGAUGUUAGAAGGGAACUCCCUUAUUAAAAAGCAAGGAUUAUUUGAGAAACAAGAGAAGCCAAAGUUUGUCCUGUGUGUGACCUUUUCUGAAAAUGGUGAUACAAUCACAGGAGACUCAAGUGGAAACAUCUUAGUCUGGGGAAAAGGUACAAAUAGAAUAAGCUAUGCACUUCAAGGAGCCCAUGAGGGUGGCAUUUUUGCACUUUGUAUGCUGCGAGAUGGUACACUGGUAUCAGGAGGCGGAAAAGACAGAAAACUAAUAUCUUGGAAUGGGAAUUAUCAAAAACUUCACAAGACUGAGAUUCCAGAGCAGUUUGGUCCAAUAAGAACAGUAGCAGAAGGGAAAGGUGAUGUUGUGUUGAUAGGCACUACUAGAAACUUUGUUCUACAAGGCACUCUAUCAGGAGACUUUUUUCCAAUUACCCAGGGUCACACUGAUGAGCUAUGGGGACUAGCCAUCCAUCCCUCUAAACCUCAGUUUUUCACUUGUGGACAUGACAAACACAUUACUCUCUGGGAUGCUACCAGUCAUCGUCCUGUCUGGAACAAAAUUAUAGAGGAUCCAGCACAGUCUUCUGGUUUUCAUCCUUCAGGGUCUGUUGUUGCAAUAGGAACACUAACUGGAAGGUGGUUUGUGUUUGACACAGAAACAAAAGAUUUGGUCACUGUACACACAGAUGGAAAUGAACAGCUGUCUGUAAUGCGUUAUUCGCCAGAUGGAAACUUCUUGGCAAUAGGUUCCCAUGACAACUGUAUCUAUAUAUAUGGUGUUAAUGAAAAUGGGAGAAAAUAUAGUAGAAUUGGCAAAUGCUCAGGUCAUUCCAGCUUCAUUACUCACUUGGACUGGUCUGUUAAUUCACAGUACCUUGUGUCCAAUUCAGGGGACUAUGAAAUCUUAUACUGGAUCCCCUCUGCUUGUAAACAAGUAGUGAGUGUUGAGACUACUAGAGAUAUAGAAUGGGUUACCUACACCUGUACUUUAGGAUUCCAUGUUUUUGGGGUAUGGCCAGAAGGUUCAGAUGGAACAGACAUCAAUGCUGUCUGUCGAUCACAUGAGAGAAAACUGCUAUCAACAGGGGAUGAUUUUGGCAAAGUACAUCUCUUCUCUUAUCCGUGUUCACAAUUUAGGGCUCCCAGCCAUGUGUAUGGUGGACAUAGUAGUCAUGUAACUAAUGUAGAUUUUCUGUGUGAAGACACCCAUCUCAUCUCCACAGGUGGAAAAGAUACAAGUAUUAUGCAGUGGCGAGUCAUUUAGAGGAAACAUCGGUGUGAACACACACAGUCAUGAGAUGACCAUGCACAGAAGUUCUGUACAAACUGUAUAUUUAAAACUUAAACAGUACAUUUGCAGUUUAGCCUGGUCACUGUGAUUCUGUUUAAAAAUUCUUACAGACCUCAGGAAAAUUAAGCCCUGUGCUGAUUAUCUUACUCAGUUUAGUGAUUCAUUAAGUAUCACUCCUAAAGAAUGAGCUAUAUUUUUUCUUUUGUUGUACAAUAUAUGCAGCAGUACAAGUUUAAUAUAAAAACAUGGCUUGAAAGUUUUCAAUACAGUGAUAUCAGCAGAACUGGUGACUAUCGUAACUGUUUUCUACAAACUCUACUAAAAUGGUCACAAAAAUGCCUUUCAGAAAACUGUAUAUACAUGCUUAAUUGUCUCACUGUCUACACUUUGUACUGUAUAUCUACCUAUUUAGAAAAAUCUAUGGCAGCAACAUUGAGGUACUGAAUUGUUUCUGGUAGAUGGUGAUGAAUUCACACUAAAAGAAUAAACCUAGCUAGAAGACACAUAAUAAUUAACAUGUUAGAUAUGAAAAUGUGAAUGUUAGAAUUCAGUAAUUUGCAUUUUCUUUGGGAAUAACAAAUCUUUAAAUUCCACCAGUGAGGAACUGUAUUCUCUUUCAAAUCAGCAGGUUAUACUCCAGUUUAACUUGAAUAUCUCAAAAGGGUUUACAGACGUUUAUCUAGUUCAGGUAUUCCAUAUAAGCUUAAAUUUAAAAAAACCUUUUUUACUUGUAUAUGAACAACUUCUUAUCAAAAACAAAAAGCAAAACUUGACCACAUCCCCACUAUUGGUUAAUAUAUUUAACUAAUAUGUAUAUUAAUCAGCAUGAUGCUAUAUUGUACAUGUAUAAGAUUUUAGCAGUUCAUUAUACAUGGUAAGGCAAUCUAGGCUUUACUUUUUUAUGCUUAUGGAUAUUGUAUAUUUGUAUUUUAAGACCAAGUAGACCAAGUCUAAAGAUAUCUUUUUAAAUGUACCAUAAACCUGCAAAGGGAAAAGGAAGUAUUCGAAGCCUACAUGAAAUAUUAAUGUGUAACUUCUGGCCCCUGUGUUUUGUGCAUGGAUGGAUAUUUAUAGUAUGACAUAAGAUUGUGUUUUGCAAUGAAGUAAUAGGGGAGGUGGUAUAAAAUGGUUAAGAAGGCCUUAUCAAUUUUGAUUGUGAAACAGAUUGAAAUUUAUUGUUUACCUUGAGGAAUGUAUCUAAAGAAUUUAAAAGAGCAGAGUAAUAAGCAGACUCUGAAAAGUUAAUAUUAAAGUUUUGCUUGUAAUGGACAGUAAACGUUUUAAUUCUCUGAACUCUAAAACACUGGUUGUUUGUUUAGAGUGGUUAAAUGAAAUGAAAUCAAUGAAUUUUGAAACCUUUUUUAUUACAUCUCCAGCCUGCUAUACUGAAAGUGCAGGACAAUAAUAAAUCAUGUAUUAAA